AUGAUGGCUUCAAUACGGACUCUCCUCCUCGCCUCCCUCUCGUUGGCAACCGUCAGCGCUCAGGAUGCAAGGAUAUCUUGGAUCGAAAAUGCCCCGGCGUGGCAGGAAGAAUCGCUGAUGCAUCUCCAAAUCAGCCCACCCGAGAGCUCGAUUCUGCAGCUGACAUUUGAUGUCUACCCGUUGACCCGCGCGGUCGGGUUGAACGAGAGCACAGAAUCGAUUGCCCUGGUCAGCUGCGACUCCAACAGCUCGACGAGCCUCGUGGGCGAGCUCAUCACGACUGCCAAGCCGAGGGCGAUAUUGCUGUACAGCAUCAAGGGGAACUGCUGCGCGCUGCAGGGUUCCUAUCAGGACUUGGAAGGGACGCCUUACGAUACAUUGUUCACCAUGGCGAACCAGGAGGAAUCCAUUGCUGCCAUGAACAGCACACGCUUGGCCGGGGCGUCGGCUGCUGCCACCAUCACUGGCGGCAUCACUGCUGCCGGCCCGGAAACGAGUGCCCAAGUACCGCACAAUGGGAACAAUUCGGCGGUGGCGAUGAGCAUCCUGUAUAGCAUCACAGGUCUCAUCACGCUCCUCUUUCUCGUUAUCAUUGCGACGGGCGCUAUCAGGGCACAUCGAUAUCCGGAACGAUAUGGGCCGCGAUCGGGUUACGGCGGACGGCCCCGACAAAGUAGGGCAAAGGGGCUGGCGCGUGCGGUGUUGGAGACGCUUCCCAUUGUCAAGUUUGGGGAUCCGGCACCGGCAAAACCUGAUCCAGCCCUCGAGCUCGAGUCCCAAACAUCUCGAUCGUCAUCCGAGCCGGGGAUAGGGACCAGAUUGUCAGCCAUCCCAGAGGAGCCCAAGACGCCGAGGACACCCAAAACACCCAAAACACCCAAAACGCCAGCAAAGCGGCAAAAUGAAGGUCUGGGGACAGUCUUGGAGUCUGAAGAUGACGACCAGCCAGCCGUAAACCCAACAAUUGCUACCCCCAAAGACGGCAAGCGGAUAUCAGAGGAGCACCUCGGAUGCUCAAUCUGCACCGAGGACUUUCUUGUGGGGGAGGACGUACGAGUGCUACCUUGUGACCACAAAUUUCACCCCCCGUGUAUCGACCCGUGGUUGAUCAACGUAUCCGGGACUUGUCCACUGUGGUAA